AUGGAACUCACCUGGCUUCCAGAUAUUCCCCAGUCGCGGAGCCGUACUCGAGCUUUGCGCGCCUGUCCCCAAUGCCAGCGAUCAAAGAAACGAUGUCGACACCUAAACCCGGAGGGAGAGCCCUUUAAUAAUAAUGCUUCGAGUCGCCGAAAAAUCUCUAAACCUAAUGAUAUUACCACCCGAACGACUCGCCGAGAUGGCUCGAAUCGCUACCUACCUUAUUCGACCGCAAGCAUAGACCGACCGCGGGCAGCAUCGGAUGGCCCAAACUUGUCGGCUCCUACUACCGAGCGAUUCGUGGGGGACCUCAAUCCAGAAGCUGUCAUUCGUGAGAGGCUGGAUGAGACUGGAAAUCCUCUGCGGGACCGUAUCGGGCUUUGGAUCAGCUCGCCCGCUGCACAAAAGUCCAAGGCCCAGAAAUCAAAAGGAACAAUCACUGGUGAAGACUCCACGUCUAUUUCAUCAACAUUGAAAGGUAGCCAAGCCGCUGCAGCGUCGCUCCGUGAACGAUUUGCUGCGGGCCUACAGGCAUGCGAACGUCUGCCUUUGGCGACUAAAGAACCGUUGGCUGCUAUCUAUUUCUCCAAGGUCAAUCAUAUCAUACCGAUAUUAGACCAUGAUUCAUUCCUCCGAUCACAGGCCGGUGGAUCUACUUCUGUAUUUCUCGAGAAAGCCAUCUGCCUCACUGCAGCCAAAACUCAUGGCGCGAGUUCUUACUUGCGUCUUGUGCCAAAUGGCCCGGUGCUUUCAUCGCGUCAAUUCUGUUCCGAAAUCUACAAGGAGCUUGUUGUUGCCAUGGAUGCAGGGCUAGAGCUGGAUCGAUUGACCCGAAUUCAGGUGCUCGCAUUGAUGUCUUUUCACUGUGAAGGAUAUGAAGGCGCCGAGGCAGCGUCUCUACACCUCUGCCAAGCCAUUCAUCAAGCCCAGACCGUAGGACUGCAUCUCGGCCGGCCAAACCAGACAUCUACCAAUUCCUUGACCAAACUUUUCUGGUGUCUUUGGACGUUGGAUAAGAUGCAUGCAAGUAUCGGUGGCCGGCCAGUUCUCCUGGCAGACCGCGAUAUUGGCGUCGUGAAACCCGACGUCAAUGCUCAGAGAUCUCGAGGAGCUUUCGAGGUCUGGCUGGCUGUGUCAGACCUGCUAGCAACUGUGAUAUCAUACUACCGGCCUUCCGCAGAUCCUUCCAGUGGGUGGGAAGAGGGGUUCCCUGCCUUUGAAGACAUCGUUGGAGAGGAUGCCCAGGAAGACCUGGAUUAUGCUACACUAGGUUUCUUGGAACUCUACUACCACUCCGUCGCUAUCCUCUCAUGUCGACACAAACUAGCCGAAAACAUAGACGGCACCAGACUCUCAACGGUCCGGCAGGGCCUAUCAGCCGUGCGCAUCCACUCCAUCGUCGCAUCAGAGUGCGAUGACCUCCCACCCCUCCCAAUCGUGCCAUAUUCAAUCACCCUAUCAAUGGGUGUCUCCUACCGCCAACUCCGCUCAAGCCGACUAAUCACACACCUCGACCGGGCCAAAGCCAGUCUAGAAGCUUGUUGCUCUCUACUAGAAACUCUUAGCCCGUACUGGUAUUCAGCGGAAGCAAUGGGCCGGCUUGGACAUAAAGCCUUACACCAAAUCGAGGGCAAGCCACAGACUUCUUCCCGAGACACCAUGCACCAACAGCAACAGAUAGAGUCUGUGCCCAAACAGGUCACUGCUGGCACAUCAGUGGCAGAGGGAUUAGACACAAUGAACUUUGCGCCCAGCGGCAAUGAGCACGACCAAGCCAGGGCACUACGCAAUACCAACUACAAUGUAUCGGCCGAUCCCUCAACCCCGGAAACAGCAAUUGAUGCACUCCAGCCCCCACUAGGCGAACUAGAUGCAACGUCUAUGCAAGACGGGUUCGCCGGUAUCGACAUGCUAUUCGGAGAAUUCUUGGAUCUUUCUCUGCCUACCAAUUUCUGGGAUCCUAUCUUUAUGGAGGAGCAAGGACAGACGGGAGAUCCGCAAUCAUAA